AAACAAGUGUGCAAUGACAUCGGGCGGCGGCUGACAGUGCUGGAGGACGCGUGGGCUCAGGGGAAGCUGUCGGCACCAGUGAGGAAGAGGAUGAACCUCCUGGUGCAAGAGCUUCAGCAGCAGCACUGGGACGCAGCUGAUGAGAUCCACCGCUCGCUUAUGGUGGACCACGUGAACGAGGUGAGCCAGUGGAUGGUGGGCGUCAAGCGCCUCAUCGCUGAGACGCGGGACCUGCCCAGCGGACAGACGGACGGCAGCGCUGACACCGAGCCCGCAGCUGAGCCUGUGACUGAGCCCCCGACCGAGCCGGAGCAGGAGGAGCCCUGACGGCAGGGACAGGGCUGUGGACUGUGAGCGGGGCAGCCCCUACCCAGGGCCACCGGCAGGAACAGGCCCCUGCUGCUGGAGGGAGUCUGGGCACCCCCUCUGCCUCCCAAUCCUCAUCCAGGAAAAGGGGAUUUUAAUCAUUGCGACAUUUUAGUGGCGAUUCAUUAUGUUUAAUAAACAGCACCAACCUGCCCCCUCC